AUGGAUAAACAGAAACAAGACGAAGUUAGAUACCAGAAAAUAAACACUAAAGAAAUGCACUCUUGGGCUACAAAAGACGACGACAGGGCAAGGAAGUUAUGCAAGGAGUCAAUCAACCUAGUCCGUGAUCUGAUGAUCGGGGCUUUGUGUGGAGUGAUCAUAGUAUUGUGUGUGAUUGGUAUCGUGAAAUUCAUUGCAAAAAUAAAGAGAAAACAGAAACUGCGUUCACCACCAGCAUGUGGAGAUGAUAACCCUAAUGAUUUCUACAUGAAUAUACAGACUCCAAACAGAACUGCUGAAGAUAUAAAUGUUGGAAACGUAAGACCGAAUCCAGAUGGUUCAACCAAUGAAGAAAACAACCUCAUAAUACCUUUCUGUGUACUACAAGUUGUCUUAUUUGACAAACAAGUUGCAACAUUAAAGCAACAGUGCAAGCCUACAGCCUGCUGUACUCAUUAUGAUGCCAGGAGUGCCCAUGCACUAUCCAACAGUUUGACAGCUUACCAGGGUUCCAUUGGUGCCUCCCACAGCAUGAGACUGUAUGUGGCACAGGUGCAUGGUGGUGAGAGGCAGCGAUUAAAGGAGCAUGGUGAAGUCUGCACUGGAGCAGCGGACAAACUGUGCUUCCAGAUAUGUAGAGCAGACAAGGAUAAUCCAAAAGAAGUUGGGUAUGUUAUCAAAUGUCAAGACUGGCGGCAAACAGGCAAUAACGAUAAACAGACUGAAGGUCAAGGCAGGAGUCAGACGAACAGAGCAGUUGAUCUGGAACCAAGAUCAACUGUGGAGCAGUCCAGGACCAGAGACUCAGACAUAACAGAAUACAGAGACAACCAGAAAAUGACAAAGAUUUGUGGCGGAAAAGAUAUCGGCUGUAAUGGAGAUAUCUCAGACUAUACGAUUACUGUGAAAGCUGUCACUGUGCAGGAGGGUCUGUGUGUCACCGUCCCCUGUACCUUCACCAUUGAUAGGAAUAAGAGACUGACACAGGCAGUCGGAUACUGGGGGUAUUAUGAGGGAAAGUCCUGCACACUCGGAUCUUGCUAUGUAGUGUCUAGUAAUGAGUCAGUGAGUUUAUCUUAUAGAAAAGAAAACUUCCACAUGACGGGGAAUGUGAAUAACCGAGACUGCUCGCUGACUAUAAAUGAUGCAAAGAAACAAGAUAACGGGACAUAUUAUUUUAGGAUAGAGGACGGUGUGGACGGGGUAUUGAAAUGGAACUACAAAGACAGUUAUCUAGAUGUCAAUGUCAAAGAUCUCACAGAAAAGCCACAGAUUAUCCUCCCAGAGAAACUGGUGGCAGGUAACGAGGUGACCCUGACAUGUAAACCUCCUGAUACUGGGAACUGCUCUGGGACAGCUACAGAAAUCAGAUGGGGAAGACUGGAAAAGGAAGACAGGACAAAAUCUGAUCCAUUGAUUAUAUGUGGGGAGAAGAGAACUAGAAUCUCUCAAUGCAAAGAAUCAACAAUCACUUUUACCCUUUCUCAAAAUGAUCAUCAAACAGCGAUAACCUGCAAUGUGACUUUCCCAGCGGUGGGUAAUUCUACCCAAACAUCCGUUACCCUAGAUGUUCAGUAUCCCCCGUUUAUCUCUGACAAAUCUUCAGAAGCAUUUUAUGAUAACAGACCACUGGUUGUGAAGGAAGGAGACAAUGUGACUCUACGAUGUUCAGUAGACAGUAACCCCCCGGCUAAUGUGACCUGGUGGAGAGGAAAAGAAAAGAAAACUAAACAUAAUAUACUGACCAUAACAAACAUAUCACGUCAGUAUACAGAUACAUACGACUGUGUAGCUUCCAAUGAACAUGGAAAUGCCAGUACUGCUGUCACUAUCGCUGUGUUAUAUCCUCCGACAAUCACCACUCAGAUAUCAGUAGAAAAUCAAGUCAGUAAUGUAUCUUAUGUGACUGUGAAGGAAGGCAGUUCUGUGAUUCUUCGAUGCUCGGUAGACAGUAACCCACCUGCUAAUAUGACCAUUAUGAAGGCAGCAGAUACAUUUGCAAGCAUUAUAAGUGGCCGGGAAUUGAUCCUUCAUCUGAGAAACAUAUCACAAAGGGAAACUGGUAUCUACAAUAUCUCAGCAAAAAACGAGCAUGGAACCAGCUAUAGCAUCAUCAAUAUCAGCAUCCCGGACUCUUCCAAUGCAGCCACACAGACUGCCUCUGAAGGCAAGAAGUCAAACAACCUAGUCCGUGAUAUGAUGAUCGGGCUUUUGUGUGGAAUGUUCAUUGCGUUGUGUGUGAUUGGUAUCGUAAAAUUAAUUGCAAAAAUAAAGAGAAAACAGAAACUGAAUUCACCACCAGCAUCCAGAGAUGAUUUAUACAUGAAUGUUCACCCAUCACUACAGCCUCCAAACAGAACUGCUGAAGAUAUAAAUGUUAGAAACAUAAGACCGGAUCCAGAUGGUUCAACCAAGGAAGAAAACAUACAUUAUGCAAGGAUAUUCUUCUCUAAGACUUCACCCCGACCAAAUCAAGACAAUUCAGAACCUGAGUAUGCAGAAGUUAAACCAAAAUAAAUGCUUGUUUAUGGACUUGGAUACAAUCUAGAAUUGUUUGCAAUGUAGUGUUGUUUUUAUCCUAUUGAAAAUGGUAUUGCAGUAAGAGUAAGCCUAUAAUAUAGGUAUAUAUAAGCCCCACAGUAGGACCUAUUCAAUAGAUCCACAUGCUAUUAUUUCCAUAUUAUGGAUACUUUAUUUGGGUGGAUUUUUGGAGUUCCCUGUUUGAUGUUUCCAUGAUGAUGCAUGCAUCAUAUGAUUGGAGAACCGUUUAACCUCUUUAUCUGGCC